AUGUGUUGCCAAAAACACUGUAAACUUAUGAAAGUAUUGGACUUUUCAGCUCAUCCUUCUUCAAUCAAAGAAGACCCUCUCUGAUAUUUUCCUUUUUUUUUUGAAACCCCAGAAACCUACUUGUUCAUGGAUCCCAAUGGCUCAAAGCAUCCACAACAUCAACAUCAACAACAACAGCAUCAAGUUUCCAACUUCUUACAACAACAACAGCAGCCUCAUCAACAACAACAAGUAAACAUGGACGAAAAUAAACCUGCAGAGAUCAAAGAUUUCCAGAUUGUUAUAGCUGACAAAGAAGAGGCCAGCAAGAAACAGGUGGCUCCCAAAAGAAGUUCUAAUAAGGACAGGCAUACUAAAGUUGAAGGCAGAGGGAGAAGAAUUAGGAUGCCGGCUUUAUGUGCUGCAAGAAUCUUUCAGUUAACAAGAGAAUUGGGUCACAAAUCUGAUGGUGAAACUAUUCAGUGGCUUUUACAACAAGCUGAACCUUCCAUAAUUGCCGCUACUGGCUCUGGAACCAUUCCCGCUUCUGCUUUGGCGGCUGCUGGUGGCUCAGUUUCUCAACAGGGCGCCUCUCUAACUGCUGGUUUACACCAAAAGAUUGAUGAUUUAGGAGGGUCCAGUAUUGGGGGCUCUGGUAGGACCAGUUGGUCAAUGGUUGGUGGAAAUUUAGGAAGGUCUCAUCAUGCUGCCACUGGGUUAUGGCCCCCAGCUGUAAGUGGCUUUGGCUUCCAUCCUUCUUCUUCUGGUCCUCCAACACCAAAUUUAGGGAGUGAAAAUUCAAGUUAUUUACAAAAAAUAGGAUUCCCUGGAUUUGAUUUGCCAGCUACUAACAUGGGUCCUAUGAGUUUUACUUCUAUUUUGGGUGGUGCUGGUAACCAGCAUUUACCAGGUUUAGAGCUUGGGUUGUCUCAAGAGGGUCAUAUUGGGGUUUUGAAUCCUCAAACUUUGACUCAAAUUUAUCAACAGAUGGGUCAGGCUAGGAUGCACCAGCACCAGCAGCAUCAGCAACAACCUCCUGCUCAUAAGGAUGAUUCUCAAGGUUCAGGGCAGUAGAUUAAAGGACUAGCAUUGUUGAGACUUGAUAGGCUGAGGUUUUUUUCCUUUUUCAUGGUUUAAAUAUUGUAUAAUUUGGGAAAAGAGAAAAAAAUUGAUACCUGAGGGAGAAUUCAAUAGGGACUGGAUUUGUAUUCCCUCCUUUCUCUUUGAUCUUCUCCACUGCAUCAUCGUCCCCAGGUCUCCCUACACAGGUGAAAUUAUUCACAGCCAAAUAGCUUGGGUUUGGGCUUAACUUCUUUUUUAAUCAGAGGUUUGUUGAUUAAAGUAUAUCUGCCACGGCCACUGAUGAAUUUUCUUUUCAGUUAACCAUCCACUCAAAUUUGUGGAGCCAAACAAGUAUUCAAUGUGGAUGAUAUAAUAUUGUUUGAAUUAUUCUUGUAAUAAUUUCGGGAAUUGUUCUAUUGUAUUACCAACUUUGCCAGUUGAAUCCAAGAUAGCAAUAGUCCCCCCCAAAAGUCUGCCAAUUCUAUAACAAUGCAAAUGAGAUAAUGAAUGUCAUUAAUUAGUUGAGUGCCCUCCAUCUUUUCAACAAGAACUAGUCUUUGUGAAGCAAGAUCUUCCCAGUGCAAGCUUCCUAUUCUGUACCAAGUAGCUUCUGCCAGCUAUUAUAAGCUGCCGAACUUUGUUGUUGACACUGUGGAUGGCAUGACAGUCAUAGGGUCUUUUUCUCAAUAAGGGUCUGUUGUAAAUGCUAAGUUAGGUAUUCAAUAGAUCUAUUACUUAAAGAUGCCAAAAGUCUUUCCAUAUUUGACAGAAAUCUGGUUCUUGAAGCUGUUACAACUAGCAAUGACUCAGUCAUGGACAUAAUCUGUAAACGUGAGAGAUCUCAUCUCAACAUGUCACUUUUAUGAACUCUGAAUAUUUACUCAAGGGGUUACUUGGUUGUUUAAAAAUCAUUCUUUGCUGACUUUAUCCUCUCAAUUAUUCUGUAGUCAGCCAUGAAGUCUCUGCCCUCAUCUGUUGCUCUCAGUGUAGUAUCUUCCUGAUUUUGUUUUCCGUUUCUCAUUCAUUGUCACUCAAAUGGUAGUUGAAUGUUAUAAAUGGAUACAUGCAUCCCACGAUGCAUGGCCCUUGUUGUCA